GGAAUAUGUGGAUUCUGGUCCUUUUAGCAGCGAGAUCUGGGCAGCCAUGACGAAAGGGACCUCAUCAUUCGGAAAGCGGCAUAAUAAGACGCACACUUUGUGUCGCCGCUGUGGUAAAUCCUCGUAUCAUAUCCAGAAGAGCCGCUGCGCGUGUUGUGGGUACCCGGACCCGAAAACCAGGAGCUACAACUGGUCAGUGAAGGCCUUGCGGAGGAAGGCACCCGGCUCGGGCCGCAUGCGUCAUCUGAAGAAGGCCCUGAAGAGGAACAAACCGCCGAAGGUGGAUCCUUUUAAGGCGAUCGCGAAAAAAGUUGCUUCAGCAUCAAAGUGAUGAAUAAAGGCGAUCGAAGCUUCUCAUCGUGAA